AGGGAGGUGAAGGGGGCCCUGGCCCUGGCGCGGGAGAAGUUCGGGCGCUUGGACGUGGCCGUGAACUGCGCCGGGAUUGCCGUGGCCAUCAAGACCUACAACAGCAAGAAGGACGCGCCCCACAGCCUGGAGGAUUUCCAGCGGGUCAUCAAUGUGAGUGGUGGAUCCGGACCCGCUGCCUCCAGCCCCUCCCCCAGAGUGGGUCAGGCUGCAUACUCCGCCUCGAAAGGGGGCAUCGUGGGCAUGACCCUGCCCAUUGCCAGAGAUCUGGCCCCCAUGGGGAUCCGUGUCGUCACAAUUGCCCCAGGUACCAAUCCCAGUAUCCAUCUUGUCAUGACGUGGGAGCACAGGGGCUGCGG